AUGCUGACCAAAGUGAAACAGGGUAUGCAACGACCUGUUCCCGGCCAGGGCCCGGACUCGGCGCCUCAGAAUCUCCCUCAAGGCCCUCCUCAGGGAGCUGGUCCAACCCCUCCCGGUUAUCCUCAACAGCCUCCAUUCCAGCAGGGCUUUUACCCACCUUACGGACAGCGAUUUGGACCCCCUCCUCCAUUCCCUCCUGGCCCAGGUUUCCCGCCUUACGGUGCUGCCCCGCCGCCUGGGUGGUACCCUCCCCCCGGUCAUGGCUUCCCCCCUGGUCCUGGUCAAUUCCAGCCCCCAAUGCCCAUUGACCCCAGCCAGCAGCCUGGGGCUCAGCGUCCAGGGCCUCCCGGUGCCGCCCCCACGCCUCAAACCAUCACUUCCGAACUGCCAGUCGGGGAUAAGGCUAACAGCCGCAACGCGACCCCCGCCGCUCAAAAGGCACCCACCCCGCCAGUUGAAUCCAAGCCCUCUGUUGCUGAAGCCACUGCCCCUGUUGCCGCUACUCAGAAGAGCGGCCGAGUCAUGCCUGCUAUUCCGAUAGCUGCCCCACGCCAGGCCGCCCCAAUCCCCCAGAUCCCCAGCGCCCCUCGCGGAAUCAACCAGCAAGUGACCGACGCCACGGCUGCUGCCACCGCCGCAGUCGCUGCUGCCAUGGCCAAGCUUCCCCAGCCCGGUGCUCAGAAGCAGCCUGGGCAGCCCGAUGGUUCCGUUGACCAUCUCACACAGAAGAUGGGGAACAUGCGCCCUUACGAUAACAAUCGUGCCCCGCGCGGCAGUCACCAGCACCCCCGAGGCGGUCGUGGAGGACCCCGACCUCAGCAACAGCACAAGAAGAUUGAAGUGCCCCAGUCCGAUUACGAUUUCCAGACCGCCAACGCCAAGUUCAACAAGCAGGACCUUGUCAAGGAGGCCAUCGCUACCGGAGUCCCAGCAGCCGAAGCUGAGGCGCACGCCGCUGAGGAAGCGGAAUCCUACGAAACCAUGUCCAAUGGCGGCUCCUCCAACCCCGGAUACAACCGCGGCUCUUCCUUCUUCGACAACAUCUCCAGUGAGGCUCGUGAUCGCGAAGAGAACACUGCCCGUGUUGGCGGCCGGGAAUGGCGCGGAGAGGAAGAGAAGCGCAACAUGGAGACCUUCGGGCAAGGUAGUGUUGAUGGCUACCGUCCCAACUACCGCGGACGUGGACGUGGACGUGGCCGCGGUUUCGGCCGUGGUCGUGGCGGUUAUGGUGGUGGUUACAACCGUGGCCGUGGUGGCAUGCGCGGUGGUGCUUCCUCACAGUCCACUGGCGUUCCCUCGCAGGUUUAA